CUUUCUGCAGAGGGGAUCUGUAACAUGACAAUGGACUCCAAUGGAUCGAUGACGAUGCCCAUGUCCGACCCCAACGCCUGGGCGACAGCCAUGAACAACCUGGGGAUGCCUCCCAUCGGGAUCAGUGGACAGCAACUCAUGCCAGAUUUCGAUCCCAGCCUUGGCAUGAUGGGUGGAAUCACCCCCAUGAAUCCCAUGAUGCCCGGCCUCGGUAUGGUGUUCAAUCCCCUCUCCCAGGAUCUGCCAGUUGUCAAGGAGAUCAUCCACUGCACAACCUGCACCCUCUUCCCCCCCAACCCCAACCUCCCCCAACCUGCCACGAGAGACCGCCCUCCGGGUUGUAAGACGGUGUUUGUCGGCGGCGUGCCGGAGAACUCCAACGAGCAGCUCAUCGUGGAGGUCUUCGGGCAGUGUGGGGAAAUCGUCGCCAUACGCAAAAGCAAGAAGAACUUCUGCCACAUCAGAUUUGCUGAAGAGUUCACUGUGGACAAGGCUCUUUUCCUGUCGGGUUACCGUAUCCGUUUGGGCUCCAGCACAGACAAAAAAGACUCGGGCCGCCUCCACGUGGACUUCGCCCAGGCCAGAGACGACCUGUACGAGUGGGAGUGUCACCAGCGCAUGUUGGCCAGAGAGGAGAGGCACCGGCGCAAAAUAGAGGACGAUCUCUUCCGACCCCCCUCUCCUCCUCCCAUAGUGCACUACUCCGACCAUGAGAGCAGCCAGCUGGGAGACAAGAUCAAAGAUGAUGGCAAGUUUCCUGAAGCAGUGCAUGUGCUGUUGACCUGGCUGGAGAGAGGAGAAGUCAACCGAAGGAACGCCAAUAACUUCUACUCCAUGAUCCAGGCGUCCAACGGCCACAUCCGCCGGCUGACGGGCGAGAAGAGUCAGCAUGAGAAGGAGGUGGAAGAGGCCAAAGACAAGUUCAAGAUCGCUCUAGCCGGCAUAGUUGGUCAAUUUGAACAGAUUGUGUCUGUAUUCCAAGCUGCUUCCAAACAAAAGGCAUGGGACCAUUUCACCAAAGCGCAGCGCAAGAACCUGGACAUGUGGCGCAAACAAGCAGAGGAGAUCAGGAACAUGCACAGCGAGCAGCUGAUGGGUAUACGGCGAGAGGAGGAGAUGGAGAUGUCGGACGAUGACAUGGAGGACCCCCCCGACAGCAAAGACUCUGAGGACUCAGGUAUGCAAAUGUUGUCGGUUCAACGCUUCUGUCAACAUCACAGGCCAAGCAGUGAUCCAGAUCUUCAGAGGAGGCAGCUGUGUUUGACUGAAAUGACAGUAAUCAUCCCCCAAGCAUCUGACAACCAGCUGACAACUCCACAUGAAUAAAAAACAGAUUCAAAGUACAUCAAGAUGCUGACACCACUCACGCUUACUGAGUUGAUGUUAAACAUGACUA